AGAGAACUUGCGAGAGCAUUAACGCACAACUGUUCGCGCAACCGGACCUCCAUCACUCGAUCGAGAGACUGUACAAAUUUCAACUAAAGUAAUUAAAAUUUUAGGAUCGUGAUUGAUUUGAUUGAUUUGAUUGAUUGAUUGAUUUGAUAUAUCAAAAUCAUCAUGGAAACUUGUGGAAUGAGUGUCAUCAAAUACAUUCUCUUUAUUUUCAAUCUAAUCUUUGCGAUUUCUGGUAUUGCGAUUAUAUCCGCUGGAGCUAUCGUACUGGCAGAUGUUGGAGAAUUUAGUCAUUUUAUGGAUGGAAAGAUUUUGGGUCCACCUGUAGUUCUGAUUGUGGCUGGUGCCAUAGUGUUUAUUAUCGCAUUUCUGGGAUGCUAUGGUGCUAUCAAGGAAAAUUACACACUGCUCAUGGCCUUUGCUGGCGCCAUGCUCCUUAUCUUCAUCAUUGAGUUAUCAGUAGGAAUUGCUGCUGCAGUUUUUCGAAGCAAUUUCUCAGACGUUAUGAAAGAAUCACUCAGAUAUUCAAUGAAAAACUACAGCCAGUCAGAAUCAGACAAAAUGGCAUGGGACGAUGUACAGACAAAGCUAAAGUGCUGUGGGGUUGAGUCUGAAAAAGAUUGGAUUGAGGCUGGUGUCCUGCAACCUGGUGUUCUGCCAUCAUCAUGUUGUACAAAUGGAGAUACAGGAAAUCAAUGUCUUGAAUCAAAUGUGGAAGUUUACAGAGACGGCUGCUACUUGCAAUUGAAGAUGAGGGUUGAAAAUAAUGCUCGAAUUUUGAUUGGCGUUGGCAUUGGAAUCGCUUUUAUUGAGCUGGCUGGAAUCGUGCUCGCUUGCUGCCUUGCGAUGGCAAUCAAAAAAGAUGGGGAGCAAUGAGAAGAGUAGUUAUUUGAUUUUUCUCAAUGAUGAAAUGAAUUACUCAAGUAUUGAAUGCGGAAAGUAAUUAACAAAAAGGUAAACUUUAUUUUUUAAUUUUACAAAAAACACAACUCAUGUCUAGAUACAGCUAAUAUUUAAAAAUUGCUACUUAUCAAUUAACUAAAAAUGAAAUUAAAAAUUUAUAAGGCCAUAAUAUAUAAUCAAUAAUCGAUUAACCAUGUAAUGCAAGCGGAUCAGAUAAUUUAGGUUGACAUAUGUCCUUUGUGAUAUAGCUACAACAUACAAUCGAAGUGUGGAUUGCAUGCACUUUUGAAUAGUGACAUUUACUCCCCUCAUUUCAAUGUAUAAUUUAGUGAGAAAAGUAAAAGAUUAAUACGUGAAAAUAACUCAAUAUUGGAUAUGAAAAAUUCAUGACAAUUAUUGUGAAUUUGAAUUUGAGCCGUUUUGGAGAAAUUUUUCCUGAGGAAUAUCUAGAAAAGUCGUAAACAGAUGAUAUAUGUUUUCCCGGCUUAUUGGCAAAACUCAUCCCGGAAUAACUAAAUGCAUGAUCAUAAUUAAUUAAUCUUACGAAUUGAAGAAAUACAAGAGGAGUCUACAUCUUUUAAGUAAUUAUAACAAACAGUGAAAGAUA